AUGACGCCAAGUUCCCCAGAUGAAGCUCUUCAUUUUCGAGGCAAGACCCUGACUCCCGAAAGCCCUCGCCCGCUACACAUCGCGGAACCGGCCAAUAUUCCAGUGCUUCAAAAUCAAAUGGACCCCGUUUUCAACGAUACGUCGACUUACGAGAAGUCUGAAGCUUUCUUGGGCGACAUUUUCCCGGUGCACCAUGAUGGAAACCCCCAGGCCCUUCAUGCAGGGCCUACGGAUGUGAAUGGAAAAACAGGUUCCGGGAGGGGCUCGGAACAACCACCACCUCAGACACAAGGUAGUUUACAAUUUGGCUCUUUUCCACGCGAUGAUGAAACCUGCUCGUCAACAACAGCUGCACAUCCCCAGGCGUCACCCUUUGCAGUUCAUUCUACUCCUUCCAUGGCCACUGCGACCUCGUCUGCUGUCCAGAAUUCUGCAGCGAACUCUUCUCUAACAUCUUUUCCUCCAUCAGAUCCAGCCAUCCACUUAGCUCACCCUGUCCCCGAUGUCCUUUCUUCUCCCCAUGCUCAGAGCAUCCCCAUUGCGAACGAGGUAGACCAUGCAGUCGCCAGUUGGACGGCACUGUCUGCGCCGCAAGAACGCCUAGACACCCAGAGCAAACCCGCGGAUAACACCGCAGAGGAUGGCGUUGAUUUCCAGAACCUCCUCGAUAAUCUCCCCCCUCCCUCUACUACCGCACCCCCUACCCCUGCAGUGAUGGGGAUGGCUUCACCGUCGGCGAAUGAUACCUCUGCAGUCCCUCAAGCGGCGUCUGACGAAGCCCUUCAAUCUUCCCUAGGCCUCCCCCCUCGCCCCCCACCCCAAGAGAAGCCUGCAAUCCAUCCCAACUACAGCCCCAGUGAUGAUAUACGUUCCUAUCAUCAGCUCCCUCCCAAUACACCCAAUACUCCCACCUCAUUCCCCAAUCAACAAAGUAAUUACCAGUCUACCUUGGGGCUACCUACAUUGGCCGCCGCGGGAGCUCCGGGAACAUCUUCGGGUGCCAGCACCUUGCCUCCUCCCCCGGUCCCGAGCUUCCAACAAUCUCCCCCUACUACUGCUUCGGCAGAACCCCAGGAGCCAUCAUCUACUCCGGGUGCUAAGGGCUCUCGUACAGAUGGCAAACAAGGCAAAUCUAAAGGUGCCGAUGACGACUCCCCUUGGGGCCCCGAGGUGCAGAAGAAGUAUGAUGAAUUCCUACAUAAUGAAAGAAUAUAUGUCACAGAGGGACUGUGGGACCGUUUCCCACCGGGGUCAAGGCUAUUUGUUGGCAAUCUGCCUACUGAAAGAGUGACAAAAAGAGAUCUGUUUCACAUAUUCCAUAAAUACGGGAAAUUGGCCCAGAUAUCUAUCAAACAGGCCUACGGUUUCAUCCAGUUCCUUGAUUCUUCGUCCUGCAAACAAGCUUUGGAUGCAGAACAAGGUGCAGUGAUUCGGGGCCGGAAAACCUCGAAAUUUCAAAACCCCAAAGAAACACCAGACCCGGGCCCGCUGUGGCCGAGUCAUCUCGCGCUCCCGCACUCAGACGCUCGAGAUCUCCGGAAUAUAGUAGGGCUGGACCUCCCGCCAGUCGCAACAACCGGGCUGCUGGAGAUCGCUAUGAAAGAUCUUACGAGCCAGGUAGAGUACCGUUCAGUGACUUUCGAGAUGAGCCUACUCAUCGUCGCCGCGAUGAUUAUCGUCCCCCUCGAUCGCCGUCGCCUCGUAGCUUCCGUGGCCGAGACGGUUAUCGAUCACGAGAUCGAACUCCAGAGCGGUUUGAACGACGCGAGCGACGGCGUUCCCGCUCUCCGUUUACGAGAGAACGAAGUCCCUCGGCGAACCCCUAGAGACGUUCCCGAAGUACAAAUCCUUGUGCUGGAAGAAGUGGAUCGCAAUUUCAUCUUCCAGGUCGAGAAUGCGUUCCGUAAUCGUGGCCUUCGAGUCGACAUUCUGGUGCUUGGACCCCGGAUUCCUCUCAACGCUGCAGUCCAGCGUCAGAUUGCCGAGGGCGUUCUUGCUGUGGUGAGACUAGCUCGUCCCAAUCAAGUAUCCAGGAAAAUUCCGCUGCAGGUGUUUGACCGAGGUGGAGGUCCGGACAAUAUCCGAUUCAACGAAUACCCUGACGUUGAACCGAGCAUUGCCGCGGAAAUUGUCUUCCAUGCCCAGUCGAUGCAGCGUGGCGCUCCGCCGACACCUUUCCCUCCCAAUCCGGCUUUCGGGGUGCCUUCCAUACCUCCUGCUUCGAUCCCGCCGCCCUCGCUGCCGGCGCUCUCGAAUGCCCCCAACAUUGCAAACAUGAUCACGUCCCUGGAUGGGCCUACCCUACAAUCCCUUCUGAGUGCGCUUCAGCAGCGACCACCUGCCGUACCCACCACGCAACAGUCCUUCUCCUCGGCCAACACCCCCCAGGCAACUGCAGAUCUUGCCAGCCUUCUCAGUGCUGCCACGCGCCACCCUGUGCCACCAGCCAAUCCGCCCCAUCCUCUCCAUCCUCAGCACUUCCCCAUUCAGGCGCCUAACGCUCCGGUAGUGUCCGACCCUAAUCUAAUCUCACUACUGGCUAAGGGUCUUGGUGGCCAACAACCCCAAAACCAGGGUACCGUUGCCCCCCAUGUACAAAACAUCAUGAACCAGCUGGGCAAAUGGAAGCAAUGA